GAUAGCGUAAUACUAUCAACAGUUUCGAAACUAAGACCACCAUGUCACAAUUAAACAUCGAAGGUGAUUUCCAAGAUAUAUCUGCUCCUCAAUUGGAGUUCAUCAAAAAAGUGGUUGAGGAAAAUGGAUUUAAAGACAGCAAAGUGACAAUUAAAAAUUUUGGAGAAGUAGGUGAUAACUAUGGAGCGAGCGUUAAAAGGGUUACCGUAGAGGGGGAGAAUGGAAAUCUGUCGAUGAUAGCCAAACUUGCACCUACUACUGAAUUCCUUCGGGCCCGUGCGAACACUCAGAUCACAUUCGGCAAUGAACAUUUAAUGUAUACGAAAUUUCUACCGAAAUUAGUAGAACUACAGAAGAAGGAAGAAAUACCAGAAGAAGAGUUAUUCAAAUUUCCAAAAUGUUAUGGUUCAAACCCUGAAGCACCCAAUGAAGUCAUCUUACUAGAAGAUCUCAAAUGUAAAGAUUACACUAUGCAAAACAGAAUGAAGUCACUAUCAGAUGAAUGUGUGACUGAUAUACUGAAGAGUUUAGCAGUCUUACAUUCUUUUUCCUAUGUUUUAAAGCAUAAAGAACCAGAUACUUAUAAUUAUUUCAAAGACAAUUUAAAGGAUUUCAUGGCAGCAUUCACAGAUGCACCAAAUUUCGAUAUGAAUAAUUUCGAAGUACUAGAAAACUUUGUGAUUGAAAUACUAGAGGAUCCGGAACAUAAAAAUAUUAUGAAAAACAAAUUAUGCAAGAUACCUGAGGCAGCUGCCAAAAUGGCGAAACUGGAAAAUGAUAGUCGAUAUGCUGUUAUUCUACAUGGUGAUGCGUGGACAAACAAUAUUAUGUUCAAAUUUGAAGGCGAGACUCUAAAAAGCUCAAUGUUGAUAGAUUACCAGCUAUCAAAGAAUGCCAGUCCAGCUUACGAUCUUCUGUACUUGCUCUUCAACUGCACCGACUAUGAGACCAGACACAAGAACUUCUACAACUGGUUGGACUACUACCAUUCACAACUGGACAAAUCUUUGUCCAACUUUGGUCUCAAAGCCAACUACGUCUACCCAAGAGACCAAUUAGACGCUGAUCUGAUGAGAUAUGGUAAAAUGAUGUUUGGAUGGUGUGUAGUCCUAUGUUCUAUAUUGACUGCUAAGCCCGAAGAAGCUGCGAAGUUUAAGGAGUCCAUGGAAUCUGAAGUGCCAGUUGAACCUACUACUGAUGCUGCUGAUUUCUUCCAUGCUGAUACAACUAUCCGACUUAGAGAUAGAGUCACUGGAAUUAUUAAGAGUUUUAUUGAUUACGGUUUAUUUGUUUAAGGUUUAAAAUCAAAGCAUCUGUUUUACCAUCACUGGUAUCCGAUAUCAAGUACCCGAUAAACCAAUGUGAAAGAUAGUUCAUACAAAUUGCGUUCUUAAUUCUUUAUCUGGGACAUAUCGACUAUCCAGACAUUGUGAAAUAGACCCUUAUUAAAUAGAAGAGAACUUGUCAAGGAUAUUUAAUUGAGACAAUGUGA